CGACCAAAAUCUUGGGAUCAAUGUAUUGGGAAUGUCGCGGGAAGACGCUGUCAAAGCCUUUCCAUACGAUGUAGAUGAGAAGGAAAGAUCCACCACGGCCCGGAUUCAUACCGAGUACCUUUUGAGCACCUCCGCAGUCAAUGCACUGACAAGCAAGUUCAUGGAGAUCUUCAAUAGCAACCUAGACCAGCAGGAUGCGUUGGUGGAGGGGACUGAAGUCGAUCUCUACGAUUGGUUGUGGCGGCAAGUCUUUCGCGCAUCCACAACCGCGCUGUGUGGUUCGAAGCUACUCGAGAUGUAUCCAGAUUUCGGAGUCGAGUACCAAAUCUGGGAGGAGAACAUGCUCGGCAUGUUGUUCGGCACACCUAGGCUGUUCGCUCGGCAGGCAUACGCUGCUCGAGAUUCCACCGUACGGAAGCUCGAGCGCUGGCUCGAAGAAGGCUAUCGACAUAGCCCUGCAAAUGGAGAAGAUCUGGAUUGGGAGCCUUACUUUGGCGCAAAGGUAGUGCGCAAGCGCCAUGAAUUCUACAAGCAGCAAGGAUUGAGUAUACACGCUCAAGCAGGCUUUGAUCUCAUCUUCCUUGCCGGCAUACUUUCAAAUGCUACCCCAGCGACGGGCUGGCUACUCUUGCACCUACUCUCGCCGACCAGCCCAGAAGGCUUCCGUGGGCAGGUGAUGGACGAGUUGAGAUCUGCGCAGCGUGGAGACGGUUCCGUAGACAUCCCAGCAUUGACCCGGUUACCGCUGCUCAACUCCGCCUUUCAGGAGGUUCUACGUCUGUACGUUGAUCUUCUGGUGGUACGGCAGGUCGACAACUCAACUUCGCUGGGCAGCCAUUCCGUACGGCAGGGCGAGCAGAUCAUGGCGCCUUCGUGGAUGACACACCGGAAUCCGGACUUCUUCGAUAGACCAAAUGAGUUUCAGCCCGAUCGUUUCCUGAAACGCAAUGCCGAAGCACUCAAGGGCCGGUUCUUCCCCUUCGGAGGAGGUCACUAUCAAUGCCCAGGUCGCAUAUUUGCACGCCAGGAGGUCCUCGGCACCAUUGCCGUCUUGCUACUCAACUUCGACAUCGACUUUGUGAGCUUUGUUGACCGUGGGAGCGGUACGAAGGCUCCGGGCACCGCAAGCUUCCCGACAUUGAGAAGGAACUACGCAGGGAAUCAAGUGGUGGGCAUCGACGGCGAUAUGCGAGUGCGCAUUCGCCGGAAAACGAAACCUGCUAAUUGAGCCCAGUUAUGUUAGCCAGCGCUUGUUAGUAUGCCAGUUAUGAAGCGGGUCA